AUGCCUCACUACGUUGUUAGUAAAAGUUAUGCUCGGCUCAAGCAAGAAAUUAAGAAGAAAAAUGGAGGGAAGUGUAGUCGACUUGAUGUGAUGGUUGAAUCUCGUACGAGGAAAUCAAAGAAGCUGGUUGAUGCUGAAACUCUAGCCAAAAACAUGCAUGCAGUUGAUGAGAUGAAGAAACUCAAGGAACAAAGAGAACAAGGGCUUAAUGAAAAGACGGAUGAACAAAUAUUUCUAGAUGUACUGGGCAAAGAUACGCAUGGGUAUUUACGAGCUUAUGGACCAGGAAAAAGCAUUACAAAGCAUUUUCAAGUCAAGCCUUCCCGAAUUGAUCUACAUCAAGAGGUGGUUGAAGCUAAAAAGACAGUUAAACAAGCAGUUCAAGAAGCAAAAAAUGACGCUGAGAAUGCUAGAAAAGAGGCCGAGGAUGCUAGAAAGGAAGUUGAAGAAGCUAGGAAAGAUGCUGAGUGUGCCAAGAAUGAAGCCGAAAAAACCAGGAAUGAGGUAGAUCAGAAAAUUGCUGCAAACAAUAAGGUUUGGGAGAACAAGUUCAAGCGUAUACUACAAACUUUUGGGCUGGAUACGUUUGAAGAUAAUGAUUCCUCAAGUGAUGGUUCUUCGGCUUAA